ACCGGCAUAUGCAACUUUGUCAGUGAAACAUAAGAAAAUAGACCUUUUUGACUUCACUCUUGUCUACUGGGAAUAUUGUCAAUCUGUAAAGAAUGAAGACGUUGAUAUUCCCUUCCUUGGUAUGCCUAUUGCUUAUGACUGUUCUGAAAACAACUGAAUCGAACGCAGCUCUCGUGAACCUUUCCGAGAAAAAACCAGCGAGUCAGAUAAAUAACUAUGAUGGACAAAACAAAAUUUGGAUUGCUGACAUGGGCAAUGAUGGAAAUGCUGAUACCACUAUGGCUAACAACCAUUGUUUCCAUACUGGAGAAAUCAUGAGUCCCUGGUGGCAAGUGGAUCUUCAGGAUAUAUAUUACAUAAGUAAAGUUGAUAUCACCAACAGGAAGGAUUGCUGCUCUGAUAGAGCUUCAAAUGUUGAGAUCUCCGUAACAACAGAGGAAGGUGGUAAUUGGACGGUGGUAGCGUAUCAGGAAAAUGCAAUAGGUGAUUUCAAAUCAUUUCAAUUUGAUCAGGUGAAAGCUCGUUUCGUCCGAAUAACUUUAAGGGACAAGCUGGUAAUAUUUCAUCUAUGUGAAGUUAAAGUCUUUGGACAAGAGACACCUGUCGAUGACUGUGCAGAUAAUCCAUGUUUGAACGGCGGUGUGUGCACUGAUGGCAUCAAUAGCUUCACUUGCACAUGUGCGCCUGGGUUUGAUGGAAAUACCUGUGAAAAUGCGAAGCCUCUCGUUAAACUUUCCGAAGGAAAACCAGCGAGUCAGAUCAGUAAUUAUGAUAAUGAAACCAACAAUUGGACUGCUGACAAAGGCGUUGAUGGAAAUGCUGAUACCAAUAUUCGUAACAACCAUUGUUUCCAUACUAAAAAUAACAUCAUGAGUCCCUGGUGGCAAGUUGAUCUUCAGGAUGUAUAUUACAUAAGUCAAGUUAAUAUCACCAACAGGAAGGACUGCUGCUCUGAUAGAGCUUCAAAUGUUGAGAUCUCCGUAACAACAGAGGAAGGUGGUAAUUGGACGGUUGUAGCGUAUCAGGAAAAUGCAAUAGGUGAUUUCAAAUUAUUUCAAUUUGAUCUUGUGAAAGCUCGUUUCGUCCGAAUAACCUUACGGGAUAAGCUGAUAGCGUUUCAUCUAUGUGAAGUGGAAAUCUACGGACAAGAGACACCUGUCGAUGAUUGUGCUGAUAAUCCAUGUUUGAACGGCGGUGUGUGCGCUGAUGGAAUCGAUAACUUUAAAUGUACAUGUGCGCCUGGGUUUGAUGGAAAUACAUGUGAAAAUGCGAAACCUCUCGUUAAACUUUCCGAAGGAAAACCAGCGAGUCAGAUAAAUAACUUUGAUGGACAAAACAAAAUUUGGAUUGCUGACAUGGGCAAUGAUGGAAAUGCUGAUACCACUAUGGCUAACAACCAUUGUUUCCAUACUGGAGAAAUCAUGAGUCCCUGGUGGCAAGUGGAUCUUCAGGAUAUAUAUUACAUAAGUAAAGUUGAUAUUACCAACAGGAAGGAUUGCUGCACUGAUAGAGCUUCAAAUGUUGAGAUCUCCGUAACAACAGAGGAAGGUGGUAAUUGGACGGUGGUAGCGUAUCAGGAAAAUGCAAUAGGUGAUUUCAAAUCAUUUCAAUUUGAUCCAGUGAUUGCUCGUUUCGUCCGAAUAACUUUAAGGGACAAGCUGGUAAUAUUUCAUCUUUGUGAAGUUGAAGUCUUUGGAUACAAUUGACAAAGAAAAAACGACGAAAACGACAACAAGAAAGCAGUGGUGUAAAAGAAACCAAUAUAAAACAAUAAUUUUCUUGCAAGACCUACUAUCAGAUGCUUAUUUAUGUAAAAAAACGUUCCAAAUAAAAAUGAUAACAUAAUAA